CAAGUUUCCUCUGCAAAUUUUCCCACAGAUUUCCCUUCCGCCCACCUUCAUUUUUUGUGCGGUUGUUCGCACAACUUCUACCACUCCCCACCGAUACCAACCUUUCCAUACACACUUUCAUUCUCACAACAAACAACAUGGCACCGGAACCUGAACACAAGAAAAAGGUCAACCUGGCCGACGUCUCUGGUACCGAGCACAAGGAAGUAGAGAAUGAUGUCUCUACGGCUAUUCUCAAGAAGAAGAAGAAGCCUAACCAGUUAAUGGUUACCGAUGCCAUCAACGAUGACAACUCGAUCAUCGCGCUUUCGAACAACACUAUGGAGCAGCUCCAGCUAUUCCGAGGAGACACCGUUCUCGUACGCGGAAAGAAGCGAAAGGAUACCGUCUUGAUUGUGCUAGCCGAUGAUGAUCUUGAUGAUGGCAGCGCCCGACUCAACCGAGUCGUUCGUCACAACUUGCGAGUGAAACACGGCGAUAUCGUCACCAUUCACCCGUGCCCAGACAUCAAAUAUGCCAAGCGCAUUGCGGUGCUCCCCAUUGCCGAUACCGUUGAGGGUUUGACCGGCUCCCUCUUCGAUGUAUUCCUCGCCCCGUACUUCCGAGAGGCAUACCGACCUGUCCGUCAAGGCGAUCUUUUCAUCGUCCGAGGUGGCAUGCGGCAGGUAGAAUUCAAGGUUGUCGAGGUUGAUCCUCCCGAGUACGGUAUCGUUGCACAAGAUACUGUGAUUCACUGCGAGGGUGAGCCGAUCCAGCGUGAGGAGGAGGAGAACAACCUCAACGAGGUUGGCUAUGAUGACAUUGGUGGCUGCCGCAAACAGAUGGCCCAGAUCCGAGAGAUGGUUGAACUGCCUCUACGCCAUCCUCAACUUUUCAAGUCUAUCGGUAUCAAGCCUCCUCGUGGUGUCCUGCUCUACGGUCCUCCGGGUACUGGUAAGACGCUGAUGGCGCGUGCUGUUGCGAACGAGACUGGCGCAUUUUUCUUCUUGAUCAACGGUCCCGAGAUCAUGUCCAAGAUGGCCGGUGAAUCCGAGUCCAACCUGCGCAAGGCAUUCGAAGAGGCGGAGAAGAACUCGCCCGCCAUCAUCUUCAUCGAUGAGAUCGACUCCAUCGCUCCCAAGCGAGAGAAGACAAACGGUGAGGUCGAGCGACGUGUCGUCUCUCAGCUUCUUACCCUCAUGGACGGUAUGAAAGCGCGAUCCAACGUGGUUGUCAUGGCUGCCACCAACCGUCCUAACUCUAUUGACCCUGCAUUGCGACGUUUCGGUCGUUUUGAUCGCGAAGUUGACAUCGGCAUUCCCGACCCUACCGGCCGCCUGGAGAUUCUCCAGAUCCAUACAAAGAACAUGAAGCUUGGUGACGAUGUUGAUCUUGAGCAGAUUGCCGCCGAAACUCACGGUUACGUCGGUUCGGAUAUUGCUGCUCUUUGCUCGGAGGCUGCUAUGCAGCAGAUCCGUGAGAAGAUGGAUCUCAUCGACCUUGAUGAAGACACUAUUGACGCCGAAGUUCUGGAUUCGCUGGGUGUCACUAUGGAGAACUUCAGAUUCGCGUUGGGCGUCUCCAACCCAUCUGCUCUUCGCGAAGUCGCUGUUGUCGAAGUUCCCAACGUCCGCUGGGAAGACAUUGGAGGUCUGGAGGAGGUCAAGCAAGAUCUCAAGGAGAGUGUCCAGUACCCUGUCGACCAUCCCGAGAAGUUCCUCAAGUUUGGUCUAUCUCCGUCGCGUGGUGUCCUGUUCUAUGGCCCUCCUGGUACAGGUAAAACGAUGUUGGCCAAGGCCGUUGCGAACGAAUGUGCGGCCAACUUCAUCUCUGUGAAGGGUCCAGAGUUACUCAGUAUGUGGUUUGGUGAAUCGGAGAGCAACAUCCGAGACAUUUUCGACAAGGCUCGUGCGGCUGCUCCUUGUGUCGUCUUCUUGGACGAGCUGGAUUCGAUUGCCAAGGCCCGUGGUGGAUCCGUCGGCGACGCUGGUGGAGCUUCGGACCGUGUUGUCAACCAGCUCUUGACGGAAAUGGAUGGUAUGACAUCAAAGAAGAACGUCUUCGUUAUUGGAGCUACGAACAGACCUGAGCAGUUAGAUCCGGCUCUGUGCCGUCCAGGUCGUCUUGACUCGUUGAUCUAUGUGCCCUUGCCCGAUGAGGCUGGCCGUCUCGGAAUUCUCAAGGCCCAGCUUCGCAAGACGCCAGUUUCCAGUGAUGUCGAUCUUAACUACAUUGCGUCCAAGACUCACGGAUUCUCCGGUGCCGAUCUUGGUUUCAUCACCCAACGAGCUGUCAAGAUUGCCAUUAAGGAAUCUAUUACACUCGAUAUCGAGCGCCAACGUGCUCGCGAAGCCGAGGGUGCCGGGGAUAUGGAUGUAGACGAAGAAGUUGAGGACCCGGUCCCUGAGCUGACCAAGCGUCAUUUCGAGGAGGCCAUGCAAAUGGCCCGAAGAUCCGUCAACGAUGUGGAGAUUCGUCGGUACGAAGCAUUUGCACAGCAAAUGAAGAAUGCCGGACCUGGCGCUUUCUUCCAGUUCCCGGCCGCCACAGGUAGCGCUGACGCUAGCGCUAAUGACAACAACUUCGGUCAAGCUGCCGACGACGACGGUCUCUACGACUAAGUCUCUUCCAUGGUCAACGAAUACAAGCAAAUCCGCCGUUGUACACUUAUUUUCCCCUGACGAACGCCUCGGCCUAAUUGGUAGCGCCAUCCACUAACCAGGGCUAUGGAUUUAAUGCCAACCUUCCCUUUUUGUGGUGGCCUGCAAAAGGCAUUGCAUUUAUGAUAGAUUCGAGGCAACCAGAUGCUGGUUA